GUCUACCCAUUUGUUUAUUUCUUCCACAACCUCAACUCUUUCUCUCUGACUCUGUACAUGUAUAUUUAUUUCGGUAUUCGUUUUCUACCGAUUACGACUCAGUCAGUUCGACCUUCCUCCGUCUCGGUACGGUGGUUCAAAGAAAGAGAAGAGGUUUACUUUCUCUAACCACUGCAUUCCAUUAAUGGGUGGUGCUUGAUUUUCAAGUUCGAUUAUUAUUUUCUGAAAACUGAGGUACCCGUGGACUGCAAUUUCUCAGUUUUCAAGUGUCUAGAAAAACUCAGAUCUCGAUCUUGGAUUCUUAGAAACUAGUAUACUUUUUAUUUUUCUAUAUCGUAAUCGUCAAAUAAAUUUGUGAGUUCAUGAAGAACCUGGUGAAUUGUGGAGCUCUAUGGCUCCUGCUUUUGUUGUGUUUAAGCUUGUCAGUUGAUGUGAUUUUGGCCGCUGAUUACGUUCCGGCCGAUCAAAUCUUCCUUAACUGCGGAGGACCGUCCGACACCGAUAUAGAUGGGAAGAAAUGGACCUCAGAUAAAGGGUCUUUGUUUCUAUCCAAAGGUGCGAAAUCAACCACAUCCGAAGCCUCCUUUCAAGAUCCUUCAGUUUCCACUGUCCCUUACAUGACCGCCAGAGUCUUCCAAUCAGAGUUCACUUACAGCAUCUCUGUCGCCCCAGGCCGGAAAUUCGUUCGCCUCUACUUCUACCCGGCAUCUUACUCGGGCCUAAACGCCUCCGAUGGCGUCUUUGACAUCACGGCUCAGUCAUAUACUCUUGUCAAGAACUUCAGUGCUGCCCAAACAGCGCAAGCUUUGAACUUUGUUUCGAUUGUGAAAGAGUACUCGGUCCAUGUGGAAGGUGAUACUUUGAGUCUUACCUUUAAACCCUCUUCUAAUAUUCCAAAUGGGUAUGCCUUCGUGAAUGGGAUUGAGGUUUUGUCUAUGCCUGACAUGUAUUCUAGUCCUGCUGAAGGUACAAUGGUUGUCGGUCAGAAUAACAUGUACACCAUGGAUAACAGCACUGCGCUUGAGAAUAUUUACCGGUUGAAUGCUGGUGGAAAUGAUAUUUCGCCUUCGGGGGAUACAGGUCUGUAUAGGUCCUGGUAUGAUGACACUCCAUAUCUGUAUGGGGCAUCUUUUGGUGUUCCGGAAACUGCUGAUUCUAACAUGACGAUUACUUACAUUGAUAGUACACGUACUUAUGUUGCUCCCAUAAGUGUGUAUAGCACUGCCAGAUCAAUGGGACCGACUGCCAGCGUCAACUUGAACUACAACUUAACUUGGAUUCUGUCUAUCGACUCGGGAUUCUCUUACCUGGUUAGGCUCCAUUUCUGUGAGGUUGCUUCAAAUAUAACCAAGCAAAAUCAAAGAGUGUUUACAAUCUUCAUCGGUAAUCAAACAGCUGUAGAAGAAGCUGAUGUUGCUGCUUGGGCUGACCAGAGAAAUGGUGUUGGUUUGUAUAAGGACUAUGUAGUUUUGGCUCCUAAGGGGAGCCCACAGCAGGAUUUGUGGAUUGCGCUGCAUCCUAACACUGCUACAAAGUCACAAUUCUAUGACGCAAUCCUUAAUGGCUUGGAGUUAUUCAAGAUUAAUGAUACGACUGGGAGUCUUGCAGGCCUCAAUCCAGUUCCUCUUCCUAAGCAAGAUCAAAUUGACCCAUCACGGGUUGGAGCAUCAUCUGGCCAUGGUAAAAAGAGUCAAACAGCUAUUAUAGCUGGCUGCGUAUCUGGUGGAAUUGUUCUAGCUCUUCUCCUUGGUUUUCUUGCUAUGUUUGUAUUGCGCCGCAAUAGGCAGGGCAAGGAUGCAAGUUCAAGUGAUGGGCCUUCUGGAUGGCUUCCACUUUCCCUGUAUGGAAAUUCACAUUCUGCAGGUUCUGCCAAGACAAACACAACAGGAAGUUAUACGUCUUCUCUGCCUUCGAAUCUUUGCCGCCAUUUCUCAUUUGCUGAGAUCAAGUCAGCGACCAAAAAUUUUGAUGAAGCUCUACUCCUUGGCGUGGGAGGUUUUGGCAAGGUUUACAAAGGUGAAAUCGAUGGGGGAACAACUCAGGUUGCUAUCAAGCGAGGUAACCCUCUCUCUGAUCAAGGUGUUCACGAAUUCCAAACUGAGAUUGAAAUGCUCUCAAAGCUUCGCCAUCGCCAUCUCGUUUCAUUGAUUGGCUAUUGUGAAGAAAACUGUGAAAUGAUUCUUGUUUAUGACUACAUGGCUCAUGGAACACUGCGUGAGCAUCUAUACAAGACCCAAAAACCCCCACUGCCCUGGAAGCAAAGGCUUGAGAUAUGCAUUGGUGCAGCCCGUGGAUUGCACUAUCUUCACACUGGAGCCAAGCACACUAUUAUCCACCGAGAUGUCAAGACAACCAACAUCCUUUUGGACGAGAAAUGGGUGGCUAAGGUCUCUGAUUUUGGAUUGUCCAAAACAGGUCCUACAUUGGAUCACACGCAUGUCAGCACUGUUGUAAAAGGUAGCUUUGGAUACUUGGAUCCUGAGUACUUCAGGCGGCAACAACUUACUGAAAAAUCUGAUGUUUACUCAUUUGGGGUUGUCCUCUUUGAAAUCUUGUGUGCUCGGCCGGCCUUAAACCCCACACUUGCCAAAGAGCAAGUGAGCUUAGCAGAGUGGGCUGCACAUUGCCACAAGAAAGGCAUUCUUGAUCAGAUACUAGACCCCUAUCUCAAGGGAAGAAUUACCCCAGAAUGCUUCAAGAAGUUUGCUGAGACAGCCAUGAAAUGUGUUUCUGACCAAAGCAUUGAGAGGCCAUCCAUGGGAGAUGUUUUGUGGAACCUUGAGUUUGCUUUGCAGCUGCAAGAGAGUGCUGAGGAAAGUGGUGAGGGUUUUGGCAAAAUGGACGCUGAGGAGGAGCCAUUUAUGGACUUGAAAGGAAAGAAGGACCCCAAUGCCUUCGAUGGUAAUGUAACAGAUUCUAGAAGCAGUGGGAUGAGCAUGAGCAUUGGUGGGCGGAGCUUAGCAAGUGAAGACUCGGAUGGGUUAACACCAAGUGCUGUGUUUUCGCAGAUCAUGAACCCCAAAGGGCGUUGAGUCAAUCAAAGGAAAAAAGGUACAAAACUAAUUGUUCCUUUACCCUGCUCAUGUGAUCUGUUUUCAGCGUUUAGUCUAUCAAAAUCAUCCAAUUUGGUUCUUUUUGUUCAGUUACCAUUAUGAUUUCUUUUCGCCUUCUUUCUUUAUAUUCAUAUGUUUCCCUUUUUUCGUAAAUUUAGCUGUAAUUUGUAUCUAAUAUUACUUGGAGGGUGUAAAAUUAAAUAUGGUGUACCUACCACUACUGAAUCUGGUAGAGAAAAGUUGGAGUUAUUUCAUAUAUUCUCAUUCAAUAGCUGAUUUGGCUUGUAUUAUUGAAUUUAUUUUUCCAAUCACAGAUUAGAUGAUUGAAUUCAUCAA